AUGGUCAUUAAAGUAUUUAGGAAGGCUGAUCGCAAAAAGCCAAAAGCGGCAUAUCUUGAGGUCAAUGAUUUUUUAAGGCUGCCGGUGAUCUUCUACAACUCUGUUGGCCUGGAUCCCUACGAGUCCACUAAUCCCGAAAAGAAGCCCGGAAUCCUGUUCCACAUGUAUUUCGCCUUUCAAAUAUCCAACAUGACCUUCGUUCUCGCCAUGGAGAUCCUUUUUGUGGUAGUUUCCUUCCGAAACAACGAGAACUUCCUGGACUCCUGCAUGGUGAUGAGUUAUAUUGGUUUUGUCACCGUCGGCGGCUUGAAGUUCGUCUCGGUGCUAAUACGUAAGAGAAAGAUGAGCAAUCUGGUGAGGCAGCUGGAGUCCUUCUUUCCGGAGCCCAAGGAUCACGAGAAGUAUUCGGUGAAGUUCUUUUUGAAGAAAUGUCAUCGAUACACAAAGGGAUUCGGCGGACUGUACACUACCUUGGUGGUGGUCUAUAACCUUUUUGCCCUCUCCCAGUACAGCAUUCUGCACCUGCUGGACUCGCCGAAUGCCAAGCAAGUCCUGCCCUACGUGGACAUGGCCCCUUGGGACUACCAGGCCAACUGGCGAUUCUACUUGACCUACCUUUCCCAAUCGAUGGCUGGGUACAUGGCCACGUGCGGUCAUAUUUCCGGUGAUCUGAUGAUCUUUGCCGUGGCCAUGCAAGUCAUUAUGCACUUCAAUCGCCUGGCUCGGGCUCUCAAGGAGUUCCAGGUGCAAGCCAGCUCAGGAUCCAAGGAGGGAGCCGACGAAGACCUCAGGGAGCUGCGGCACCUGAUCUCUUAUCACAACGAAGUUCUUGGGCUCACCGAUGUGAUGAACGAGGUCUUUGGCAUUCCGCUUCUUCUGAAUUUUGCCGCAUCCUCGCUGCUAGUUUGUUUUGUGGGUUUCCAGAUGACCGUUGGCAUUAGUCCCGAACAGUUUAUAAAGCUCAUGCUGAUCCUGGUAUCGGCGCUGGUGGAGAUAUAUCUGCUCUGUUCCUUUAGUCAAAUGCUGAUCGAUGCGAGUGAAAGUGUUUCCUUUGCUGCCUGGGACAUGAAUUGGACGAAAGCCGAUACGCGAUUUAGAAAAAUGCUCAUUUUUAUUGCGCUCAGAGCUCAAAGACCUGUGUGCCUAAAAGCCACUGUUUUCCUAGACGUCUCUAUUCAAACCAUGAGUUCCUUUUUGCAAAUGUCCUACAAAUUCUUCUGCGCCAUUCGAACGAUGUAUCAGUAA